AUGAGCAAAACGAAUUCAGCAGCAAAACUCAAGCACGUCUUUGACGACGAUGUAUUCCAUUUAGUAGCUUAUGGGGAAAAAAAUAAUUUAUUAGUAGGGUUCUCCAAUGGUCGUGUUGCAAAUUACAGCUAUGAUACAGAAAAUAAUUCUUUGGUCGAAGAAUGGAACACUAAACGCCAUAAAAUUAGCUGCAGAAAUUUAUCUUUAACUGAGGAUAACUCUGAGUUUAUAUCUGUUGGUUCCGACUGUGUAUUAAAAUUGGCCGACACCGCUUCUGGAAGAGUCACUUCAAAAUGGAUUCAAGAGACAGCAAGUACCGAACUAUCCCCAUACAGUGUGGUUGAAUGGGUGGAAGGAAAUAAUAUAUUCGCUACGGGUGACGAUGAUGGUUGUGUUACUAUUUGGGAUAGAAGAAAAAGUGGUGGAGUCCUCCACUCACACAGGGAUCAAAUCGAUUACAUUUCUUCUAUAUGUCCAUUUGAAGAUCGCUAUAUGGUUGCUACCAGUGGUGAUGGGACUCUGUCAAUUCUUGAUUCCAGAAACUUUAAGACUGCUGUUCUGAGUGAGGAACAAGAUGAUGAUCUAACUUGUGGAGCAUUUACUAGGGACAAUAAUUCCAAGAAAAAGUUUGCUGUUGGCACAGCUUCUGGCGUGGUCACCCUGUUUACUAAAGGUGAUUGGGGAGAUCACACAGACCGUAUAGUGCCGCCUAUUCGUUCAAACGACUAUUCAAUAGAGACCAUGAAUCGCGCUGGAACGGAUACCCUUUACAUUGGUGGAAGCGAUGGAUGUCUUAGACAAUUGAACAUUCUUCCAAACCGAUAUGAAAAAGUCAUAGGACAGCAUACUUCGAAAGCCGGUGUUGACACUGCUGAUGUUUCCGAAAAUGGCGAGUUUCUUAUAUCAGCAAGCGGUUCAGAGUUGAUUUUCUGGAACAAGGGAGAUGAUUCAGCUGAGUUUGAAAAAGCUGGCCAAGACGGUGAGGAAGACAGUGAUGCGAUGAACUCGGAUGAAUCUGAAGACGAUGUUGAUAGUGAUUCAGAUGAACCUACACAAAAAUCAAAGCGAAACAAGAAGCUUGCGAAAGCAGCACCAAAGAAAAAGGCUCCCAGAACUGAUUUUUUUGAUGGACUUUAA